UUGGCGACCGGGCGGAAGCCGGAAGCUGCGCUGCGGUUGGCCCAGCGGCCCGGAGAAGUUGGGGGCGGAGCCCGAGGAGGAAAGUGGCGGCGGCGAGGAAGAGGACUGGCCCCGGCCAUGGAGCUGGCGGACGCGGGGGCGGCUGGCUCUUCGCAGGCAGUUCAUGAUCAAGUGGUGCCAACACAAAAUUCUUCAUCCAGAGUCAUAAUACAUGUGGAUCUGGAUUGCUUUUAUGCGCAAGUAGAAAUGAUCUCAAACCCAGAAUUAAAGGACAAACCUUUAGGUGUUCAGCAGAAAUAUUUGGUGGUUACUUGCAACUAUGAAGCCAGGAAACUUGGAGUUACAAAACUUAUGAAUGUCAGAGAUGCAAAAGAAAAAUGUCCACAACUUGUAUUGGUUAAUGGAGAAGACUUGACCCGUUAUAGGGAGAUGUCUUAUAAGGUUACAGAAUUGUUGGAAGAAUUUAGUCCAGUUGUUGAGAGACUUGGAUUUGAUGAAAAUUUUGUGGAUCUAACAGAAAUAGUUGAAAAGAAACUCCAGCAACUUCAAAGUGAUGAACUUUCUGCAUUGACUGUGUCAGGUCAUGUGUAUAAUAAUCAGCCUAUAAACCUGCAUGACAUCAUGCACAUCAGACUACUAAUUGGAUCUCAGAUUGCAGCAGAAAUGCGGGAAGCCAUGUAUAAUCAGUUGGGGCUCACUGGAUGCGCUGGAGUGGCUUGUAAUAAACUAUUGGCAAAAUUAGUUUCUGGUGUUUUUAAACCAAAUCAACAAACAGUCUUGUUACCUGAAAGUUGUCAAGAUCUCAUUUAUAGUUUGAACCAUAUAAAGAAAAUGCCUGGUAUUGGCUAUAAAACUGCCAAACGCCUUGAAGCACUGGGAAUCAAUAGUGUGCAUGAUCUCCAAACCUUUUCAUCUAAAAUAUUAGAAAAGGAAUUAGGAAUUUCAGUUGCUCAGCGUAUUCAGAAGCUCAGUUUUGGAGAGGAUAACUCUCCUGUGACACCUUCAGGACCACCUCAGUCCUUUAGUGAAGAAGAUUCAUUUAAAAAAUGUUCAUCAGAAGUCGAAGCUAAAAAAAAGAUUGAAGAACUACUUGCUAACCUUUUGAACAGAGUAUCCCGAGAUGGAAGGAAACCCCAUACAAUAAGAUUAGUAAUCCGUAGGUAUUCAUCAGAGAAGUACUGUUGUCGCGAGAGUCGUCAGUGCCCUAUUCCAUCCCAUGUAAUUCAGAAGUUAGGGGCAGGAAAUUAUGAUGUGAUGACACCAAUGGUGGAUAUACUUAUGAAACUUUUUCGAAAUAUGGUGAAUGUGAAAAUGCCCUUUCACCUUACCCUUUUAAGUGUGUGCCUCUGCAACCUUAAAGCACUAAAUACCACUAAGAAAGGGCCCAUGGAUUAUUAUUUAACAUCCUCAUUGUCAACAACGUCAUGUUCUGGCAAGCGCAGUUCUAAAAUAAAAGAGAGUCAUAUGGAAGAUAUUUCCAAAGACAAAGAAACAAACUGGGAUUUUCUACCAAGUGGAAGAAUUGAAAGUACAAGAACUGGCGAGUCUCCAAUAGAUACUACAGAUUUUUCUAAAGAAAAAGAUAUGAAUGAAUUCCCACUCUGUUCACUUCCUGAGGGUGUUGACCAAGAAGUCUUCAAGCAGCUUCCAGUAGAUAUUCAAGAAGAAAUCCUUUCUGGAAAAUUUAGAGAAAAAUUUCAAGGGAAAGGAAGUUUAAGUUGUCCAUUACAUGCCUCCAGAGGAGUAUUAUCUUUCUUUUCUACAAAACAAAUGCAAGAUAGAUCCUUAAAUUCUAGAGAUAAUUUAUCCAGUAACAAUCAGGUACAGUCUGUGUCUCCUUGUGAACCAGGAACAUCAGGCUUAAGUAGCAGUAGUUCCUCUUACCUGUCUAGCCCAAAGGAUUAUUCAUAUUAUAUAGAUAAUCAAUUAAAAGAUGAACAAAUGAGUCAAGGACCUAAAGAAUCUGAAGGAUUCCACUUCUCAAAUACAAAGCCUGCUGUUUCUGCUUUCCAUUCAUUUCCAAAUUUGCAGAGUGAUCAACUUUUUUCCAAACGCUGUGCUACAGAUAGUCAUAAGCAAAUAACAGCAACAGCCUCUUGUCAAGGAUCCACAGAAAAUAGAGAGCAAGAUUCUGCUGAUGAGAAGAUUAUUUUUCCAUCUGUCAUUGAUCCUCAAGUAUUCUAUGAACUUCCAGAAGAGGUACAAAAAGAACUGUUGGCUGAGUGGAGGAGACCUGGAUCAGAUUUCCACAUUGUACAUAACUACUUCGUGAGAACACACCAGGCUAUGCUACUGUGGAAUGAAAAUCUUGAAGCAGAGAUAAGUCACCCCAACGGUUGUAGUACACACCACCCUUUCUCAGGCAAUCCAGGAGCAGUUGCCAGGCAUGUGAGGGAGCUCAGCUGGUCCCACAUAAAUCACUGACCCAAAGAUUUAAGAGGCACAGUGGGGCAUGCCUCUGAGACAGAAGAAUCACAAGUUGGAGACCAGCCUGGACCUGCAAAGCCCUGUCUCAAAAAAAAUUAAAAAAGGACUGGGAAAGUAGCUCUGUGGUAAAGUGCCCCUGGAUUCAAUCUCCAGUACCAGGGCAAGGGGUAGGCGAAAGGAGUUUCUUAAUUUUUUAUUUAUAAAAUAAGAAUAGACUUGGUAUUGAAAGUUGCCUCACUUAUUAGUAAUAUCCAUUUACAGUUAAACAAAAUGAGGUAGCAGAAGUCUGUCUUAGUUUGAAACUGAGCUUUACUAUUUUCUAUGUGUAACCUUGAGAAAGUUAAUCUCUGGGUUUCCACUUUAUUUUCUAUGAACUGGGCAUAGGAAUAUGACCUAUUUCUGUGGACACUUUGAGGAUAGAAAAGAGUCAAUGUGGGGCUGGGUUUGUGGCUCAGAGGUACAGCGUUCACCUAGCAUGUGUAAAACAAUGGGUUCAAUCCUCAGCACCACAUAAAAAUAAAAUAAAAGUAUUGUGUUCACCUACAACUAAAAGACAAAUAUAAAAAAAGUGUCAAUGUAUGCAAAUUGUUUAUAACAAUGCCUGGAAAUAGUGCAAAGUUUUUCUAAUAAAAAACUGUUUCCAUAGAAGUUUACUUUAUGCUUAGUAAGUGUAUGACAAAAGUUAUAAUUUAGAAUUUUGAUUAAUGUGUAAUAAUAACAACUUAAAAAAGAAGGCAUUUAAAAAAAAACUUAUGUAUACUAUGUUCACAGAAAUAAAAACAAAUUAAAAAACUUAAAUCCAUGUAUUUUUGUAGAAAAUUAUGAUAGGGUAAUUAAAAAAGAAUUCAAAGCCUAAAAUCUAUUCCAUUAGGAUGUGAUUAUGUGAGGGGAAGAAUUUAAUUUAAAUUGAGGUUAAGGAGGACAUAAAAUUUCUGACUGCUAUAGGUUGCAUUUGUGAUGGAUAAGGGAAUGGUAGGUUUCAAGUUGUUAUGGUAUUUAGAAUCUAUAAGAUACAUUUUUAAGGGAGUUAUACCCUUUUCAUAAAUUUAGUCCUAUGAAGAAAUUGAAUGUGAACUUUAAAACAUGCAAGGGGGAAUACAGUUCUAUACAAUUCUUUUGGGCAAUAUGAAGACUGCUGCGCCAACCAAUGUGUGCGUGUCCAUUUUCUCAAACUCUUCUCUAUUCAGAGCUUAGACUAUUUUUACAAUGCCUGAAAUGGCUCGAUUGCCAAGUACUUACUAGCAGUUUGUAUGGCGCUCAAAUCUCUAUCUGAAUUUACUAUGGAUUGAUACACAUAAGGAAGCAUUUCCAGUAUUUACUAGCAAGUUAAGUUACUGCUGAUGAUAUGUUUUACAAGUGACCUGCAUGCCUUGUUCACGAAUGUAGGCUGAUCAAAAUACUGGGCUUCAUAGAAAGAGAAAGUAAAAAAAGAAUCUUUUAAAAAAAUCUUAAUUUAAAAAAAAAAAAUCAGUAUCUUUCCCUGAAUCUGUGAAUGAGACUGUAUAUAUCCUACUCCAGCAGGAUGGGAGGCAAAGUUCCCACCCAGAGCUUUGGCCCCAUGGUUUCUGCAGUGGAAAGUUAAGAGUGACAAGGUGCAAGAAGGGUGCUUGCCUGUGAAGCACACUUUAGAAUGUAUAAUUUCCCAAAUAAAAUCCCUGCUGAUAACAGAUUAACUCACUGAUUUAAAGUAAUACUUCUUUGUUUUGUUCUCUCCUGCUAUGGGGAAUAAAAUCUGGGCCAUACAUUUAAAACAAAUGAGUGGAAAGAGCACACAUGAUUUUUAUUGUCAUUUAUACCAAUGAUCUUGUCAAUUAUUGUUAAAAAAUAGUUUUUUAGUUCCCCAAUUCAGUACAGGAAACACUGAGGAUCAUAGGUCUAACAAUUCGUUUUAUUUUAGCUUUUAUUGUAUGAAUACAAAGUUUUACACCUUUUUUUAUGUGGCAAUACCUUCUACUUAAUAAGAAAUCAUUAGGCAUAAAUUAAAGCUUAAGGAAUUUGUGAAAUGAUAUAUGUUGAAAUAGAGUUCAUGUUUUAUAUUAUCUCUUUAUCCCUAGGCUGGCCACCGGUCAGCAGUAACCUAUCUCUGAUUUCUCCAGCUUUUCCCUUAUCUGAAGGUACCUAUUUGGAUGUCUCAUUGUAUAGGUUGUCUGCUGGAGCAAGGCAGUCCAUUUGAAAAAAUUUCUUUAAGAUAAAGCAAUCAUUGCUGGUAAAUUUCAGGGGAAUUUAUUUCUAAUUCACAAGACUCCCUAAUAAUUUAUAGAAGUGAGUAAUGGAGAAAUGGAGAACAUCAGGGAAAGUUUAACCACAGGGGAAUGUUUGUAUGUAUUUGACUAAUCCCAGAAACCUCAACUUAUAUUUUACAGGAAAUUGCCCAUUCUGAUCAUACUUCAGAUGAAAAUAAGGUUUAGAAAAGUUGUUUUAGGCUGUUGGAAUUUUUUUCAAAUUUGUGUAUGUGACUGCAAUAGGAGCAUAGGACUGUAGAGGAAGCAGAUACUUAGACUUCAGAUUAAUCCUCACUGAUGUUAGAUCCAGGUUCCCACCCAGAAGUAAGCAAUUUCAGAACCAUUAUAAUUGUAUUUAAAAUUGUAAAUUAUAGAAAAAAAGUUAUUUUAAAAAUGGCACUUAGGGAUAGUUUUUUUAAAUAUUUUUUUUAGUUGUAGGUGAACACAAUAUCUUCAUUUUAUUAUUUUUAUGCGGUGCUGAGGAUCAAACCCAGUACCUCACACUAGGUGAGCGCUCUACCACUAAGCUACAACCCCAGCCCCAACAAUCCCCCACCCCCAACAGAAUAUGCUGGCACACGUUUCUACUGAUGAACAGGAAUACUGAACUAAAUCACAAGUUGAACUAAAAAAAACUGCUAAAAUACAUAAAUGCAAAUAACACUUACUCUUUCAGAGGUGAACAUACAUAGCCACAAGGAUGGUUAUAACCUCGGACAUAAUUUGAAGAUGGAGGAUAUUCUGGGAAAUCCACACUUUUAGCUAAGAGAUUAAAAAAAUAUUAAAAUGAAACCUAAUUCACAAAGAUAAAAACUAUUGCCAGAAGCAUAUUUUAGAAAUAUAUAACACUUAUUUUAAUUUAGUUAUCAAUUAUCAACAUUAGCAUUAAUUUUAUAGGUAUAUACAUUUGCAAUAGUAUUUCUAAACAUGCUGUUAUCUUUUUGUUUUUAAUUUUUAAUUUUUUUAAUUAUAGAUGAACAAAAUAUCUUUAUUUUGUUUUUAUUUUUAUGUGGUGCUAAGGAUUGAACCCAGCACCUUACAUGUGGGAGGAAAGUGCUCUCCCCACUGAGCCACAACCCCAGAUCCCUGCUAUUAUAUUUAUUGCUUUUAACAGUUUUUCUUGUAUAAAAAUUACUUCCUGAGAUUUGAAACAAAAGAAGAAAUAGCAAAAAGACCAUUAAUGUCAUGGUUUGAAUUAUUUUUUAUUAAUUAAAAAAAAAUAAAAUGUUUAAAGUGACUAGUUUAAAAAUGCUCUCUUUCGCUAAUUCCCUAUAGCUAACUGCAAAGUAUAAAGAUCAGUAGAAUUUGUUUUAGUAAUUAUACAGAAAAGUAUCUAAAUUGUAUGUAAAUGCAGACAGAGGUGAUUUAAUUAUGAUUUAAUUUAUGGCUAUAUAUACUCUUUCUAAAAUCUUUUUUAAAAAAUAUGUUUAUUUGGGGGCUGGGGUUUUGGGUCAGCGGUAGAGCGCUUGUCUAGCACGUGUGAGGCACUGGGUUCGAUCCUCAGCACCACAUAAAAAUAAAUAAAAUAAAGGCAUUGUGUCCAACUACAACUAAAAAAAUUUUUUAAAUAUAUGUUUAUUCUACACAACUAAAUCCUGUUCUUGUCAGAGGUGGUUAAUUUUAUUAUGUGAUUUGAACAUAAGCAAUCUGUUAUAUGGGAAAUACAAUCUGAAACAGGUUUAAAAGCCUAUAUGGUUGAAUGAAUUUUCCAUUUUUGUAUAAGUAUCUUAACAGAGACUAUUACAUUGGCCUAAUGGUACUUCCAGAAGUAACAGUAAAAUAUUUUUCUCUAUUUAAAAUAUGAAGAUUAUACUUGUAUUUUGUUUUCAAAGAAAUAAGUCUACAAACAGGCAUGCAUGUGUUUUUUAUGAGGUACACAGUAUGGUAGUCAGCACUUAUUUUGGAAAAUCAGACCAGAGGUUUUUAUUUCUGGUUCAGCUGCUUAUUAGUAUGCAACUUAAUUUCCUAACUGCUUAACUUCUGUGAACUUCAGUUUUGUCAAUAAUGAAAAUGCAUGCAAAAUAUUUAGCUCAAAGCAAGGUUCAGAGUAAGAUAAAUAAAACUAAGAAAAUAACCCACAAGUAUUCAUCAAAAAUUCAUUCAAUAGAAACUUCUUAUAGCAAAUUCAGUAGUGAUUUCUGCACUAAAUGACUGAUUACCUUUAGUUGUUGGUUUUACCCUCUGUGCUUUUAAAAAUUUCUAUCUGAUCACUAACAGAUAGAAAUGGUCUGAUAUCUAAAUAUAGAAAAUAACAGAUUCAGACAAGACAGCAUUUUGUAUUGUAGGUAAUUGAUACAUUUUAUGUUCUGUCAUUUCAAAAAUGAGACAAAAAUAUGUGAAGAUGAUGAACAUCAGCUCUUAGUGGCCUGCUGCAAAACAGAACAAAAUGGAUUUGAGUGACAGCAAUUAGUUAGACUGGGCAGAGUAACUGAAACUUUGUUGGGAAAUGCUAAUUAAACGUAAUUGUCUCUAUCCCCACAGUAGAGGAAACUAUUCAGAAAAGAAUGGUAAAAUUAAAUCAAUUACAAAGAAAACCAGGGAUCUUUGCCACUAUUCUCCCAAAGUCUCUCCACCAUAAGUUAUUAAUGUCUACCACAACUUGGUAUGUUUUGAGUCAAUAAUGCAAGCAAGGAAAUGGUUACACAUUCACAUUUUACAGAAUGACAUAUUUGCAAAGGAGAUGCUAAGCAUAUAUCAAGGUCUUCAGUUUUUAAAAGAAAUUAAAGCACAUUUAUGUAAUGACCCAUCUAGUGGAAAUUUCUUCAAUAGUUACUUCAAUCAUUUACUAUAUAUGGCCAUUCUAAGAAAUUGAAGUAUAAAAUUAUAUAUCCAAAAAUUUAAUUUUGCUUCUAUGAUUUAAAAAAUGUAUAUCUUGAAGUUUUAGUCUAUAGGCACCUCUAUCUAUUAAGUCCUACAGAGUUUAUGCUGUAAAAGUCCAGAAGAUGAUAUAAUCAUUGACUAUUAUAUACAUGACACCUCCUAAGCUGGGUGAAAUAUAUAUUUAUCUACUUGAUGCAUGUAUGUAUUUGUCCUACUGAGUAAAUAAAAAAUUAAAGGAAAUAGCUGAAAAUAAGAGUUUCUUCCUAACUGCAUAUAAGGGAAAAGUUUUAUUAAUGACUCAUUGUAAUUCCAAGAUGUGAGCAAAACAUUUCAACUUACAACUGAUAAUGUUCAUGUUCCCUUCACAGCGCUUGAUGUAUACUAAGUCGAUAAAGUCUCGGGGGGAAAUGGAGCCCAUGGCAAAACUUUGUGUUAUGGUAUGACAUAUAAAUGUGUCCUGCAACAAAUCAAAUCACAAAGAUUGCAAACAUUAUUUAAUAUUUACCAUUUGUAUUGUUCCCCAAGGAACUAUAUUGCACACGUUGCAUCUCUAUUUGGAAAAAGCAAGGCUUUGCAGUUUUCAGAUCAUUAUCAUCAAAUCAGCUUGCAUUUUCAGUGUUGAAGGGGCAUGAGAUCUACAAUUAUGAGUGUAGAAGAUUCAGGGAGUACUUAAGAUUGUCUACUCUUUUAAUUUUUAGAUGUAGAAAUCUGGAUUACUAUGAGGUGUAACUAGCGGUUCUUGCCAAUUUUAUUCUUGCCCUUUAUAACCCAUUCUCCUAUUCAUUGCCGGAACUAUUAAUCGUCAUACUAUUCUUGUCAAGUCCUAGCCAUCAUAAUGCUUAAUAUCAUCUGAUAUUAUCUUUUUAAUUGCUUACUUGCUUAUUAUGUCUCUUCUGAGGGAAUGUAAGCUCUGUGAAAGAAUGGACACUUUCUGUCUUGUAUUCCCAAUGCCUGAAUAGUGGGUGCUCCAGUGUAUUUGUGGAAUGAAUUCAUUUGUUAAAAAAACAUAAAUAUCUGUCUGGGGAGGAAGGGACUGGAAUAAAUCAGGAUCCUUUUACAAAACAGAUUCUUUUUUCAUUAUUAUUACUAUUAUUAAAUAUUAUUAUUAAAUAAUAAUAAUAAUAAUAAUAAGAAGAAUGUUUUCAAGCUUUUUUUUUUGGUACCAGGGAUUGAACCCAGUGUCACUAAGCCAUUGAGUCACAUCUUCAGCCCUUUUCUCUUCUAUUAUUAUUAUUAUUAUUAUUUUAUGGUGCUGGGAUUGAACCCAGGGCCUUGUGCAUGCAAGGCAAGCACUCUACCAACUGAGUAUAUCCCAAGCCCCCAAACAGAUUCUUAAGAGGGAAAAAACAAACAGUAACAUAAAUGGAGAAUAAAUUUUAAUAUAUCACAGUAAGAAUUGUUUUUCAUUUUGGGUGCUUACUUUUAUAGCAGUUUUAAUGAGUGAGAUCUGUCGUGUGCUGCAUGAAUGUUAAGAGUCCUCUACGUUGUUUGUCUCCCCUUGUUUCUACCUGUUUACCACGUAUCAUUCUUUCUCUACGUCAUCCUCUCCUGAUCUUUUUCACUCUAUUUUCACUUUCCUGAUCUUUUCUUCCAUCCCCUUUUAAAAUACUCACCUCUCACGUUCACUCUUCCUCUCACCUGUCUUCAACUUUCUACUGUGAUCACCUAUGUUUUUCUGUUCUUUUUAUUAUCCCUCUUCAUAUCUAUUUAACUAAGACAAUGUAUUUGAAAGUAUUUCUAAACUGCAGCCUUUUAUGUAAUGAUACUUCUUUACUUUAUAUUUUAUCUUUAAUCCUCAGUGCCACAUGCUGUUUGUUUGGAAGUCCUAAUAGCAGAUAUCUGCAUUGUUCCUGUUUUGUAAUGUAAUAUAACUAAAAUAUGUCUUGAUUUCCAUGCAGGAAUGCUUAAUUUUUGUUUUCUAUGUCAUGGAGGUAAAUCCCCGAGAGUUCAGAUCCCUAAUAACAAAAGGUACAAGAGACUUUGCCAGAUUCAAAAUGUGAUAUGUAUUUACAAACAGAAUGAUGUUAAUUGUAAUUAAACUCUUGAUUAAUAAGGAGAAAAGUUUUAAGAAUUUUAUAAAAACUUUCACUCAUUUGAAUCUAUAAAUACUAAGUGUCUACAUACAUUGUUUCAAUAAACAAAUCAUUAAGAUAUAAAACUAAAGAUGCAUUGACACAGAAAAGUCUAGUAUUAAAAAAAUAAAUUACCGAAUCAAUCCUGUGUAUCAUAUUGUAUACUUUCAAUGCUUUAUCCCAAUGCAACUCUGUUUCCAGGUUGGUAGAGGAAAUCAGAUAGUUUAAAUGUUGAUUCUGGAAUUAUCCCUUCAACACGAUAUCUAUAGUUAACAAAAUAAAGAAAAUUUAAUACUUAAGUUUAAGCUGAUAAUAAGCUGCUAUCAAAUUUGAAGACAGGCAAAUUUAACGAAU